UCGAUUUUAGCAGAAGGUUGUUGCUCGGUUGCUGAGACGCUGAAGAAACUCGUGUUGUUUUACAUGACAGAAGGAAAUGGGGCGAACGGCAACGCUUGCAACAUGUACCCUUAAUCAAUGGGCGAUGGAUUUUGACGGAAAUAUGUCUAGGAUUUUGCAAAGUAUACAAAAAGCCAAAGAACUUGGAGCUAAAUACAGACUAGGUCCAGAAUUGGAAAUUUGUGGAUAUGGAUGUGGAGAUCAUUUCCUGGAGAGUGACACAUUUCUACACAGCUGGCAAGUCCUAGCUAACCUACUGACAGCUCCUGAAACACAGGACAUUCUUUGUGAUGUGGGCAUGCCUGUUAUGCACAAAAAUGUUGCUUACAACUGCAGAAUAAUCUUCAUCAACAAAAAAAUUCUCCUGAUUCGACCAAAGAUAGCAUUGUGUAAUGAUGGUAAUUAUCGUGAGACACGCUGGUUCACGGGUUGGUCCAAACGGAAGAUGACUGAGGAUUACUUCCUACCUAGAAUGGUACAGGACAUUACAGGACAGAAAACGGUACCCAUAGGUGACGCUGUGAUAUCUACUCUUGACACAUGUAUUGGAAGUGAGAUCUGUGAAGAAUUGUGGACGUCACACAGUCAGCACAUUGACAUGAGUCUUGAUGGGGUAGAGAUCAUCACCAAUUCAAGUGGAAGUCACCAUGAACUGAGGAAAUCCUACGUCAGGGUGGACCUCAUAAAAUCUGCCACCAUGAAGUGUGGAGGUGUUUACAUGUUUGCUAACUUUGUCGGCUGUGAUGGAGAACGUACCUACUAUGAUGGGGGCUCGGCUAUUGCUAUCAAUGGUCAGAUGGUUUCUCAGGGGCCUCAAUUUGCCAUACAGGAAGUGAUCGUGAACACUGCUACGGUGGACCUGGAGGAUGUUAGGGGUUACAGAAACUCACUGAGGAGUCAUUCUUGGAGAGCGUCACAGAGUACAUCGUUUCCCAGAAUCCAUUGUGAUUUUGCAGUGACAAACAACGAUUUCUUCAAACACACAACUGAUGUCCUAGAGUGGAAAUAUUGUACAGCGGAGGAGGAGAUUAGUGACGGGCCUGCCUGCUGGCUCUGGGACUACUUGAGACGGAGUGGCCAGGGUGGAUUUUUCCUGCCACUGAGUGGUGGCAUUGACAGCUCCAGUACCGCUUGUAUUGUGGCAUCUAUGUGCCACAAGGUCUGUGAUGCUGUUAAGGAGGGAGAUACUAAAGUGCUGUCUGAUAUACGUCGUAUCAUUGGAGAUCGGGCUUACAUUCCUCAGGACCCACGUGAGCUCGCCAACAAGGUGUUCACCACCUGUUACAUGGGGUCGGAAAACAGCUCUCAGGAGACAAGGGACAGGGCAGCAGGACUAGCUCAGCAGAUUGGCAGCUUCCACUUGACAAUCAGUAUAGACAUUGCCGUGGCAGCCCUCCUCAGCAUAUUCACAGCCACUUUGAAACUAGUGCCCAGAUUCAAGGCCACAGGAGGAAGUCCAAGGGAAAACUUGGCUUUACAAAAUGUUCAGGCCCGAGUGCGGAUGGUUCUAGCCUACUUAUUUGCCCAACUGGUUUUAUGGGCGAGAGGGAGAUCUGGAGGUCUCCUGGUGCUUGGGUCAGCCAAUGUGGACGAGAGCCUACGAGGAUAUAUGACCAAGUAUGACUGCUCCAGUGCUGAUAUCAACCCAAUAGGUGGGAUUAGUAAGACAGACCUACGGAGCUUCAUACGGCACUGCAUCACCAAGUUCGGCUUCACCACACUGGAAAAAAUCUAUGAUGCUCCUCCAACUGCAGAGCUGGAACCUCUAUCCAAUGGUCAACUGGCUCAGACAGAUGAAGAAGACAUGGGGAUGACCUAUGAGGAGUUGUCCAUAUAUGGGCGUCUAAGGAAGCAGAACCAGUGUGGUCCAUACAGUAUGUUCUCCAAACUGGUUCACACCUGGGCAGACAGGUAUUCACCAGAACAGGUUGCUCAGAAAGUGAAGCACUUCUUCAGAUGUUACGCCAUCAACCGUCACAAGAUGACAACCCUGACUCCGUCCUAUCACGCCGAGUCCUACAGUCCGGACGACAACAGAUUUGACCAUCGUCAGUUUCUCUACAAUGCCACUUGGCCGUGGCAGUUUGGCUGUAUAGAUGAACAGACUCAGAAACUUACUGUACUGUAUGAGGAGAGAAAAGACCAGCAGACAGAUAGAAUUCCUUCACAGAGUCGUGAUGUAAACAAAAGUAUUAACAGCAAUGGCAAGACAGACCACAGCAAGGUUACAAAGCAAGGCUGGGGAGGGAUGUCCAAUGUAGGUGUGGAGGUUGCCAUUGGAGGUCAGGGCACCUGCUCAGGGCCAAACGAGGUCAAGGUUGAAGAUGAAAUGGAAUCAAUGCAUUCAGAGGCAUUCGAACAUUCCAAGGUGGAAAAAGAGGCAUUUGAAAAUUCUAAGAUGGAAAAAGAGGCAUUGGGAAAUUCUAAGAUGGAAAAAGAGGCAUUGGGAAAUUCAAAUUUGGAGGAGGAAGAAAUGUCAGGAGACAUCCAUGGAAAUUGUGAUAAAUCUAUACUAAGGGAAGAUAUAGGAAAGAUAUGUUUUGAAGAUUUGGAUGGGCAAUCUGGUUCUACCUCUACUGGAAUGGGUAGGGGGAGAUCCUUAGAGAGAGGAGUAAUGCUAGAGAGAUGUGAUCCGACCUCUGACAACCAGGACCUAGGGUGGGGCUGUGAAAUACGAGAAGUUGAGAGAUGUGGCCCCUCCCUAGAGGACAGGGAUGUAGGUGUACAGGGUAACAAGAGGAGGUGGCUGGAAGGGACCCUGUUGGAGGGGAAACGGUUCCGGCUGGUUCAGGGAGUUGCCUGAUCUCAGGCAGCAAUAUAAUGAACAUGCAUGAAGCUGUAAAUUUAACAUUCAUUUUGUGAUAUCUUGAGAUAUUUGUUACGACCUUUUCAUUCAAAAAUUCCUUUAAAGCUUUUUUGAUUCAAAACGUUUUCAACGGAUGGUUUCAUUUUUUUUUCUUAUUAUAACUGAUCAUGAAAAUACAAAUGCUACCAACUUUAGAUGGAAAUAGACUAUAUUUGAUGGGAACCUGGCUUUAAGAGUUGUUCAUCUUCUUUUUGAUUUCAAAACUGCAUGUGUUAGAAUUUUAAAAUUAUCAGCACAACUUUCAAGAAAGUUUUUAAUUUAAAUUUAAAAAUUCAUGAUAACAAAAAUAUCUUUAUAUGAUGUGUUGUCAUUAAGAUCUAGAAACAUGCAAAUACUGAUUUCAGUAAUUAUGAAAAUUUUACUUCAAGUGUGCAUGUAUGUAAAUCAGAAUUUUAUGAAACAUGCAAAUGUUGAUUUCAGUAAUUAUGAAAAUUUUACUGCAAGUGUACAUGUACGUAAAUCAGAAAUUUAUUUUACAUAUUAAUUAUAUAUACAUAUACAUGUGUAUAUGUAUCGGUUUGUUGUAGGAUUUUGUUGAGCAGAUCCAUGACAUCGGGUAAAAACCACAAACCUGUGGAGUGAUAUAUAUUUGUGGAGUAUGAUGUAUACUUAAAUUCCAGUUGAAUAUACCUGAUAUAUUUCAUUAUGAAUCUAACAACAAAUUCCUCUAGAAUAUUACUGAUCAGUAUUUUGAUAUUCAAUCUGAUUAAUAUACAGAUCACCAUUGAUCAUCCUUGGUUAUCUGUAUUUUAAUCAGACUGUUUGAUAUUUAUACAAAUAUCAAUUUUAGCAUAAAUAUGUGAAUUUCUUUUUGCCAGUUACCAACCAGAAUCAGUUUGAUGUAUUAUUUGUUAUAAAAUUUGUACAUGCAUUUAACUAAUGCUGCAGCAGUGAAUCAAAAAUUUUAAUUUGAUAUAUAUGAGAGCAACUAUUUUCUUACAAUUGAGUGCCAUUGCUUGACUAAUGUGUCAUGUGACUAUUAAUAGUGCAUAAACAACAUACAUACAUGAAAUUUUUAAUAUAAGCUUAAGGAUACUAUUUAUUUACGUUAUAGAAUUUAAAAUGAGAUUUACAUAAUUUUUAUAUACACCAUGUAUAAGUUUAACCUAAUGGCAUGCCCAUUUUAGGACUGGUAUAUUGUUGGUUGAAAAUCUGCUGUAAGUUGAUAACAAUGAAAAUCAUAUAUGGCUCGGUCCAAUUAAGAUUUUGGUUUUGUUUGGUUUAUUUUGUUUAAUGUCCUAUUAACAGCCAGGGUGUGGAGGUGGAGGAAAGCCGGAGUACCCAGAGAAAAACCACCGACAAU